GCGCCCGCAGUGCGCAGCUGCAUCUCUGGUCACUCCCACGCUACGUAGCGUUUCAGGAGAAGUGGGGGGUUUGCUCCAAGUUUUCUUUUUCUUUUUUACUUUUACAUGGUGAGAAAACACGUCGCCAACUCCGAGGGAUGCAUUUCUAAAACAUCCGGAGCGGAUCUGGGUCAGUUCGUCUCUAGAAGGAGUUUAUUUCUUGUUUUCCAGCUCGAUCCAAACACUGAGGGUAUCGGAGUUCGCCGGUAAAAACCCGUUAAAGGGAUCGUUUUGUACACCCAUAAGAGAAAAUCUACGGUUUAACUCGUCGGCGGGGGAGGAGGAGCUCGAAUUUGAGAGACAGACACAAGUUUUCCCUCUCUGGGUGAAGAACGGCUCCAAGCAUGGCGAAAAAGUACGACUUCCUCUUCAAACUGUUGCUCAUCGGGGACAGCGGAGUGGGGAAAACAUGUCUGAUCAUCCGUUUUGCUGAGGACAAUUUCAACUCCACGUACAUUUCCACCAUCGGCAUCGACUUUAAGGUGAAAACCAUCGACGUGGACGGGAAGAAAGUGAAACUACAAGUAUGGGACACGGCGGGGCAGGAGAGGUUCAAGACCAUCACGACGGCCUACUACAGAGGAGCCAUGGGCAUCAUCCUGGUUUACGACAUCACAGAUGAAAAGUCCUUCGAGAACAUACAGAACUGGAUGAAGAGCAUCAAAGAAAAUGCAUCAGCCGGAGUCAGUCAGAUGCUCUUAGGUAACAAGUGCGACAUCGAGGGGAAGCGGAAAGUCUUGAAAGAGACCGGAGCAGGGCUGGCAGAGAGACAUGGUAUCAGAUUCUUCGAGACCAGCGCAAAGUCCAGCAUUAACGUGGAGGAGUCGUUUCAAGCGUUGGCGUUGGACAUACUUCAUAAAUCCACCAAGAAGACGAGCCAGACAGGAAAAGAGGUCAAAAUCACCAGCAGCACAGCGAAAAGCCCAUCAAAGUGUGUUAUUCUUUAGAUCCCGCUUCUGCGAGACGCCACAGGGCAGGUCGUCAAGGAAAAGUGUUUCUGUCUCCGUCUAGUGGUCUGCCUUUCAAACACAGCUGAGAGUCUGCUUGUAGAACAAAAUGUCUUCACUCUUUCAGUUUGGAAACUUCCAGAGGUGGAAAGUAACGAAUUACAUUUACUCAAGUUACUGUAAUUGAGUAGCUUUUUUGUAUAUUUAUACUUUUUAAGUCGUUUUUAAAAUCUGUACUUUUACUUUUACUUGAGUAAGUUUUUAAAAAGAAUUGUAAUUCUCUACAUUUUAUAUCAUAUCCAUUACUGAGUAAAAACAAAUUGCAGGCUUAAUAAAUUAAAAAUAUUGCGUGUCGGAACAGAAAGAGACACCUGCAUGAGCGCCGUGUCUAAACCAUGUGUGUGUGUGUGGGGGGGGAUUCACUUUGAUAUAAUGAGGACAAACGGCCAUUUUUACCACUGUCUUGCUCAAAAACAUCAGUUCAGUCCCUGUGAUCCACUCGCUGUUUACCUCCUCUCUCCCUCCUCUCCCGUGGGUUGCAACCCGCACCUUCGCGCUCCGGUGUUACGUCAUCAAAAUUCUGCUCGGUUCGGUAGCCGGACUCGGUUCCAUGUUUGAAAUGUGUUUCCCCAACCGCUCCGCACAGCAGUAGCAAAAUAACGUUUAGCGCUCAUAACAAGCGGAUUCUCGGCGUUUUGCGCACACGAGCGAUGGUAAACUGGCGUCGUGAUUUUGCACUACUUAGAUGUAGCCAUCCUUACGCUGACAAAAAUGUAACUAAGUAACUUUUACUUUGAGUACAUUUUAUUUACGAUAUUUUUAACUUUUACUUGAGUAAAAAUUUAGGCAAGUACUUUUACUUGUACUUGAGUAAAAUAUUAUCAAAGUAUUGGUACUCGUACUUAAGUAGGACAUUUCAGUACUCUUUCCACCUCUGGAAACUUCUAUGAAUUACAAGACACCCAGGUUAAUUUAUUGUUAUGAGAUGUUACUGUUGUUCCAAGUUCAGCAGACUUUCUGCCAGAUUUAUGCGAUUACACACACGAGAGUGUCCCGAUGAGUUCAGAAGCCUUCCUUGUUUUCGUAGUUUUAAUCCCAUUCGUUAUCACAGUAAGGCAUUAGCAGCGCUUAGCAGGUGAAAGUUGGACUUUAAAAUCAACCCCUGCAUUUGUAAGUGUUGUGCAAAGUCUGCAGAGCACAAUGUGUAGCUAAUAUGGAACGCCAUGCAGGUCCAAAACGCACAAACUUAUGUGUCUCAUAAAAAGUACGCGUUGCUAAUGCACAAACAACACGUAAAGAACACGUACUUUACACGUGAGGAGUUCACGUGUAUUCAAGCCUCCAAAUAGCACGUGUGUUGCAUCUACAACGUGUUGACCAAUCGGUGUUUGAGAGUUGUUAACGCAUUGAUUACGUGUUUUUUGUUUGGUUUGAAAGCGCACGCCUCCUCACAUGUAAAGUAUGUUGUUGGUGUUUUUUUGUUAGUUUUUUCUCGUGUCCUGUCCGGCUGUAAAGCAAUCAGAAUCGAUGUUUGAGUGCCUAAAACGAGCCUUAAGCCCGCGGCACACCGGAGGCAGACGCGCCGCGUCCGCGGUUUUGAGAAGUCAAGUGGUCACACAGGAUGCGCCACGUUGCGCCGCUGGGCGCUUCUUGGAAAGUCGCACAAUAGUCACAACAUCGCGUGGGACUUGAAAACAAGUGGGAAGUGACUCUAUUGUUUUUACGCGAUCAAACUCAUGUCAGUUCUCUUGUUGGCUCUUCCUUCUUCCAUCUCAGGAACGUUGCUAAGCUGAGUCCCAUUCUGUCCCGCUCUGAACUUGAGACAGUCCUCCACACCUUCAUCUCCUCACGCGUAAGCCCUUUUCAGAAAGACAUUCUGGAACAUUUGCGGACAAUUCAAUCCGUUUUUUAACCGGAACUGUGUUUUCAGACACACCACUUUUGUACCGGAACUUGUCCUUUCGGCUGCGUUCACACAGCAGGGAAAAGUUCCAGAUGUCUGACGGUGGGGGGGAGAAUCGGACUUAUGUUAAGAAGAAGAAGAAGAAGAAAAUAUCAUUCCUAUAGCGCCUCUCAAGAUAAAAAUCACGAGGCGCUUAAGCAUAAUUCUGCGCACACGAAGACGCAUAGGAGACGUGGAUGAUGAAGCUCCAUGGUUAAAGGAAUCACUGAAGCGGUGUGAAGCGCUCCGUCGCGUGUCUAGACGGUACCGUAGGAGGCGAGCUGCCGUGGUUCGCCGCAUGCUACAGCAGCGGGCUAUCUAGGUGCGCACAGCGUCCCCGGUCCCCUCCUCCUCCCCCUCCCUCUUGUCCGGAACUCUACCUCACCAGUCUGAAGCAGCCACCCUGUCCGUAACAAGUCCGGACCUGUUACUAGGGCUUCGUCCGGAUAAAUUCUGGAACACGUUAUCCGGAUGUUUGUAUUCAGACUCAAAGGACUUACGGACAGAGUCCGGAACAUUUCCGUUUUUCAUGGCCUGUCUGAAGGGGGCUUUAGACUACUGUAACUCUCUUUUCACGUGUCUGAGCAGAACCUCCCUGAACCGUCUACAGGUGGUUCAGAACGCCUGUGCUCGGCUUCUGACCAAGUCCUCCAAACACACCCACAUCACCCCGCUUCUCCUCCAGCUUCACUGGCUGCCAGUCAACUUCAGGGUUCAUUUCAAGAUCCUGGUUCUGGUCUAUAGGGCCUUACAUGGACAAGCACCAUCUUACAUUGGUGAUCUUCUUAGUCCCUACACCCCCAGCAGGUCCCUGAGGUCCAGUGAUCAAAGCCUACUGGUUGUGCAGCACCAGGCUAAAGGUCAAAGGUGACAGAUCAUUUGCUGCUGUGGCCCCCAGACUCUGGACCUCUCUCCCCCUGAGCCUGAGAUCAGUGGACUCAGUGGUCUCCUUUAAAAAGCAGCUGAAGACUCACUUGUUCAAGCUGGCUUUUGUAUGACCUUCUUCACCUCUCUCUCUUUAUUCUGCUCUCCCCACCUAUUCCACCUUCCUCAGGAUCCACUGAUUUCCCUCUUUCCUGUUCACUCUCUCUCUUUCUUUACAUUUUUUUACCACAAUUGUCUAUUUUUUGCUCAUUUUCAAUAUAUUUUUAAUCAUUUUCUAAAUUCUUUUUUUAUAUUUUUACAUUUUUUGUUUUUGUGAAGCACCUCGUGAUUUUUGUCUUGAGAGGCGCUAUAGAAAUGAUGUUUUCUUCUUCUUCUUCUUCUUCUUCUUCUUCUUCUUCUUCUUCUUCUUCUACUAUUACGAUAUUUAAGAUCAAGUACUUUAAAGUUAUCAAAACUGCGGCUUGGUUUGUGCCGUGAAGCCGUCCUGCAUCGAAUCUCUGUUGUGUAGUACGCCACAACGUUGUAAACAGCCGCCGUGCCGCCUGAGAUAGAACUGGUGCUUAUCUUCAGCGGCGCCACUUGUGUAACCACUCUCAUUAACUAUAACGGCUUCUAUUUAAAAUGGCGGCGCGGCGCCUCCGGUGUGCCCCAGGCUUUACAGGUGGAGCGUUAUGGGUUCAGCUAAUGCCCCGCCUGAUAUCAAAAGUUUAUUAGAGAUGCUUUCGGUUGUUUUUAAUCUCAAUGAACACGGAGACAGAAAUGAAAGAGAAAGGGGGGAGAGGAGUGGAAGAGGUGGGGGGUUCACAAAAAAAUAACAGAGGAUGUACGAGAACCUGCUUCUAGACCUGCAGAAAGAGAGAGAGCAAAAAAGGGAACACACAGUGAUACAACAGAAUGAAAGAUAUCACUGCGCCAACAACAUGAGGAUAGAUGACAGUAAUGAUUUUAGCUGAAAGGCACACAGUAAAAAUUCAUAGUGCGUUUAGUGCCAACCGCAGCCUUAGGUCAUGAGCCAAAACCGCCCGAGUCCACACUUGUGAGAGCACCUGUGUGCGUACACGUGCAGUACAUGUUGCUGAAGCUUCGUUUGCAUUUUCAUGAUGCAUACUUUUCUGUAAUAGAAACAAAAAAAUGUACCUGCUUUUGGCCCACCUGGCGUUCCAUAGAUGGUCGCCAUUCCGUUCAAUGGGUUUGAGUGAGCAGCAGCAUGUGUUGGAUGAGUCCCAGCACCCCGAGUCUGUUUUUACACACUUCGCUUCCAGAACACGUCAAGCUCAGCAGUUUAGAUCGGGCCAGACAGGAAAUCCCACAUGUGGAAAUUUCAAAAUAAAAGUCACUCACCAUUUUUCUAUUGCUUAAUUGUUAAAAAAUGAAUAUGUCAUUUCCAGUGACAGGUCUCUGGUGGAGUUAAAAAGAACAAAAAAUGUGUCUUUCUCCUGUAAUCUCAGGAAUCACACAUGAUCUCAGAAAUCUCCUGUGAUUUUGUGAUUUCACUGGAACACCUGUGUGGAAUGCAUUCACAGCCGCUGAGCUCCUGAAACGCUCCCGAUGGGAAGGGACGCACCGUAGAGGUGCAUCUGGUGCAAAGCUAUAGGUAAAACAUUUAAUUUAAGGAUUCAAAGAAUUAAAACGCCUCAAACUCAUUUAAAUAUCACAGAAAAUGACUGAGAUUGUAUUCAUUUUAAUUGGCAGUUUAAGUUUAUUGGUUCAUUUUAUUCAAACUUUCUUUGUCUCAAAUAUUCAGUCUUAUGAAACACAUUUUGUUUUUAAUAAAACACAUUAGGAAAGUGUUUAAACACUAAAUAUCAGUGUUUACUAUCACGUUUAACCAUGGACGUAAUUUGGGGGGGGGGGGGGGG